AACUUAUAAUAAUCAUGUCGUUAACAUUCUUUACUAUUCUGGUUCUCUUUGGUUUGGUAUUUUUAGGUCAGCAUCAGGCCGGUGCUGACUGUAGUGCCCAUCGCUGGAAAGACGAAACGGAUGUGGAUGAAGGAUCCUGCAGUCGGCCCCAGUUAACUAAAGAUGAAGACGAUCCCUUGGACCCCAUUGAAGACGAGCCCUUUGAAACGGUGUCAACUAUCCCAAAGGAGGAAGUGAAAAAGCCAAACACAGAAGUUCAGGAACCCUUUCUGCAAACCAUAAUUAAGGCGUUGAAGUUUAUCUGGCAGGUCCUGAGUAUUUGGAUAAACUUCAACCAAUAAAUGCGAUAAGGCACUUCUGGCAACAGA